AUUCAGGUGCUAUUGCAUUCCACUGUAAUUGUACAUUUAUGAGGAACAUGGAUAAUAUGGUAAUUCUAUGGGAUGUUAUCUAUAUAGUUCAAGAAUGAGAAUAUGAAGAGUAGUAGCCAGAAGGAAGAAUCCAUUGAUAAAAAGAAAUAUGUGUUCUUCUCGGAUCCAGAUGUUAUUGCCAAACGCGCCGAGACCUCUGCUGUUGCAGCACAGAUUACCCGAGAACUCGAGGCGCAACAGAAGACUUUUGAAAAGCAAUCAGCUGAUUUGCAAUUGCCUGCAAUUGGCAUAAAGAGCUUAAAAAAUUUGAUAUCCUAUUAUCCUGUACAGCCAUAUCCUUUUACAUUUAUUAGCGCAGUAAAACAAAAACUCGCUUUAGAAGAGCAUUUUGAUAUCGGCGGUAAAGUACGUGAGUCAAGUUCUCAAGCAAAAAACAAUUUGACUUCUUCGAUAUUGAAAGCAACUAGUACACAAAAUUUGACUGCACAAAAUCAAAUUAUACAAAAAAUGGACUUCAUUAAACCGCUGAAAGUACCCGAUCUAAAAAUUUCUCCAAAAGCGCUGGAUUUCUCCAGCAGAGAGAAUUCCGUUUCAAAGGAGCUGUCUUCAGCAAAGUCUGAAAUAGCUACAAAAGAAUUUGCACACGAUAGAUCUGACAAAGGCCUAAGAACUGGUGAAAGAGUACAGAGAAAAUUAGACUUUUCUUCAGAUGGAUCGUCAUUUAUUAAUUGCGAAAGCAUAGAACCAUUGAAAGCACCAAAUGUCUCUAUAGCGUCUAAUUUAAGUAAAAAGAAGGAUCAUGUUAGAGACAAUUCCAGAGAGAAGGAAAACAGAUCCAAAAGGAUGAAAAAGGACGACUCUUCGUGUGCGAAGAGGGAUGAAUCCAUGCAAGACCAAGUAAAACGCAGUCGAAGUCCAAGACACAUCUCCAGAAAAGAUGCCAGUGAUAUAAGCAAUUUAAAAUUACCAAAAAAUGAUAGACCAUUCCAUGUUACAAAAGUUAAUGACGUUUUGUCGGUAAAAUCAAAAGAUAAAAGUUUUGUAUCGUCUAUUGUUAAAAAGGAUAAUGACAAAAGACAGAGGUCCUUCAAUGCACAGUCUGUAGAAUUAACAAAAGAUAAUCUUCCGGAAUCUAAGGUUCGAAUAUCUAGUAAUGAAUCACCAAUUACUCAUCCUUGGAAGGCACUAGAUAAAGUUACAUUGAGAGAUAAUAUGGGCGUUUUAUCUAGCACUGAAAAUAAAUCUAAAGACAUAAGUCACUAUUUUUUAAAGCAAAAGUCUGAAAUAGAAGACCUGAAACAUAAAUCUGAUUCAGAUAAUAGACUAUUGAAACAAGAUAAAUUGAAUACUAUGUAUAAGGAGCAAACAAAAAGAAUGUCUGAUAAAAAUAAAAUGUUAACGAAUAAAGGCGAAGAUAAACUACACAGCGUCAAUUCAGAGCAAUCAGAAGAUAUUGAAUUUAUGUCUGAAACAAAUAGUUCCAGAAGUCGAAUAAGUGCGUAUCCUACAAGUUCUACACAAUCAUCAAAAAGUAAAGAUAUCGAAGCAGCUAUGGAAAGUAAACAGAACAUUAAUUCUGCUAGAUCAACUAAAACUUCAGAGAAUUUUAAAUAUACAGAACAUUCCAUGACGCAAUCUGCAAGCACAAGCGUUAAAAAAGACGAGGAAUCGUGUUCCCAAAGCAUUACAACUAAAAAAACGACUACUAACGAUGAUUUAAACGAUGUGGAUGACACUACACUGCCAGAGGCAUUGUUUGAUUCUAGAAGAAUCUCUCUCAGAGCCGGUUAUUCUCAACCAGAAUUUCAUAAUUUAAUGACGCCAGAAAAAAUGAAUCUUAUACUCAGAUCUAAACGAAGGAAAUAUUUGACGCAGAGCAGUGAUUCGGAAGUAGAUGCAAGAUGCCCAAAAUACAAGCCAACAAUAAAAUCUGAGGAGGAACAAGAUGAAAUACAAUUGCUACACCCAACAGCUUUGCAUAUGCAAUUUCAGGCAGAACUACAUCUUUACGAUUCUUACAAUGAGUCCCUCCGACAAGUAAUGGAUGUUGAAAAGUGUUUGUACAAUACUAAGUGUGAGAUGCAAGAACAAAAGAAAGCCGAUGAAAAAGAUGAAGAAAAAGUCGUACAAAUUGUAGAAGAUUGUGCAGCUGCAGUAAUUAAUAACGAUGCUGUUGAAAAAACAACAUGGAAUCCAGCUGAUUAUGUAAAAAAAGACAUCGCCGAACCUCGAAAAUCAAGCGAUGAAACGCAUUUCAAUAGAGAGCAUUAUAUCCCAAACCAAGGCAAUGUUGAUGAAUCGGGUUAUGGAUUUAAUUAUGGAAAGUUUAAUAAAACGGUGGGGGUCAAAGUGGCGGAGGUACAAACGCAAACGGUGAACGAUAUAGCGACCCAAACGGAUAUAUCUGCGGACGAACGAAACGCACAAAAUAGAUUGACAGAGAUCCGUGACAGAGAAAACGUGUACGAGUCAUUUUUGAGAGAAAACAAAGUUCCCCAACUGUCCUUGGAUUCGGCUGAACAAUUCGAAGAUUUAGAUCAAAUAGAACAGGCAUCGGUGCCCAGCAGAAUAAGGACCAUGUCGGAGAUUAGUUUGCAUGAAACUACCUCGUCUAUUAAAACGGAAACUGGAACUGAAAUUAGUAUCUCAACUCGAGGUGUAACAUGUUCAUUUAAUCAGUAUAUAGGUUUAGAGAUAGCACGACUCUUAAGAGACGAGAAUCAACGAAGCUAUCAAAUCGAAGAGUUAUUCAAAUUUCGUGAAAAAACAUUAAAUGACAAAACUAAAAAAUUAGCGGAAUUGGAAGAGCAAAAACGCGUAAUGAAAGAUACUGGCCAAGACGCCCGUUCCUUGAAAAAAAAACAAAGAGCUCUGCUUCUAAAAUUACAACAAGAAAAAGAUGAAAUUCAAAGAUUAAAAUUAUUAUACGAAAUUACAAGCCAAGAACGAAAACGUAUGUUGCAAAAACAGAGGGACAUGUUUAAUUUGCAAAUGUCAACGAAGAAUAUCUUAACGAAAUUAAAGAGGACCGCAGACAGUCAAUCGCCGAGAAGAUUAUCAGGUCCUAUGAAGGGUUACGAUAUACGCAGUAAUAGUUCUAUGAGUUCUUUGAUUGAUUCGGAUAAAUCUCUGCAUGGUCAGAUGGACACACGCCUUCAUGCAUCUGAAAGCGACACAUCUAAAUUUGAUUGGUUGAAGUCCAACAUAUUUAUAAAUUUAGGCGAAGAAAGCAACACAUCCGCGGCAAAAUCUGAUGACUUAGUAGCUGAGAAUAAGGAGCAAGAGAAAAGCCCCAUACAAAAGAAAAGCGAUUUAUCGAAAUAUGAAUUGAGGUCUCGGAAAUACGAAGAAAAAAUGCCCAGAGCAGAUGUUUUGCUGCAGAAGCAAAAUCAGAGGUUGGACAUGGAGUCGAAAAUGAAGCAAAGCCAUCCCAUGAUGAUAAAUAUUCGACUCUUGGAAAAUCAAGAUCAAAUCAGAUUAUCGCAGUCAUCGAGACCAGAAGUAGAUGCAUCAGUAUCUAAAAAUGUAAAAUCCGAAUCUGAUACGUUAGUAGAAGAGUUGUCUAAGAGAUCGUCGUUAGCAGAAGUGGUGUCUAAACAUUCAAAACUAUCGCAAUUAUCAGAGCCUUCCAUACAAACCUUGACAGUCGCAAAGGAGAAAGAAUUAACUUCUAAUGCUGUAACCACCAAUAGUGAAUCUAUAGAAGAAGAGAUCAACACAAUAGCUCAAGACACAGUUUCAAAAACGAUGCAGUCACAAAUCUCCGAAAUAUCACAGGCAAGUGCGAGUAAGAAUUCUAAGAAGAUUGACAAAUCUGUCACGAGCGAUAGAGACAUAUCUAAAAAGUCGCAAUAUAAUACCGAGCUAAAAACAAGCUCCAAACGUAAAAAUUCUAAGUAUCAGAAAACGAAAUCAUCUUCCACUAUAUCAACGGAAAAUAUAUUGGGGUCCAAAUCAAGCUCUCAUAUAUUCGAGGAAUUUGUCAAGCAUGAUAAAGGAACGAAAGUGAAGAAGGAAUUGCUGCUUCAGUUAGUUAACAACAAAGAAAGUUCAAUCUUGGGUGAAUUAGAUGUUAACGAAAGUCAAACUUCGCUUCAGGCAUUCGUUAAGAAACAUUCGCAUUCGAAAGCUGUCAAGGAUAAAAGUUUGAAAUUAUCGAGCGAAAUAACAAAUGAGAAUAAGGAAAACGGAUCCACUCAAACUUCGAAUAAAAAACUUGAGAAUGAUGAUAGUCUUUCCAGGAUCGAGCGAGAUACUCAAAAUGCAUCAAUAUCUCAUAUUAGUACUUUUGCCGUUUCCCAUCAUAGUUCCGAAGAAAGUGAGAAAAAUCUCUCGAAAUCCAUAGUUGUUAGAUCGCAAGACAGAGAAUUUGAACGAAUUUUGAACGCACGCGAAACCGCACUUACAUCGCGUAAGAACUGCGUCAAAGAGUGGAUGGCGUGGCAUGCAAAAUUACGAGCAGAAGAGGACCGUGUUACUCGUAUGGAGCAGACAGCAUUUAAUCUCGUUGCAACAGCAUCUAAUUUGGGUCAGCAAGGAGGGGAGAGACGUCUGUGUUCUUUCAUAGAUACCACCCUGUCGUCUGAUACGAGCGAUGUCGAAGGAAGGAUAGGAGUUCUUACUGAGAAAUUAGCGGAACGACGUCUCGAAAUGACGCGUCUAAAAAGAGAAGCAAAGAAGCAAGCGAAGAAACAGCUACGUGCUUUGGAAGCAAACCUGUUAAAUCAAAUUAAAAAAUAUGACACGACCAUCCAUGAGAUGCGCAAAAAGUUGGAAUCGAAGAAAGAUAUCAAAGAAAUUGACAAGUUAGCUAUAGAGCCAAAGUCAUUAGCUGACUUUAAAGUACCUGAAAUACCGCUUAAGAGGAUACAGGACAUCUACAAAAGUAGCGAUUUAUUAAGAUCCAGGUCGGAAUCUGAUCUCCUGUUAACGAGAAAUCGGCAGGACUUGUCGAGAGUCGUAACGAUAACAUACGAUGAUAAGCACGAAAGGGAUAGUUUUCAGAAACCUACAAAAUUCGCGGAUAUUAAGAACGCUUUAGAAUUAAAAGAUACUAUAGAUUCUCACGAUAGCGUUCGAACUAUUUUGGACGAUUAUACGUCGACAGAAGUAUACGAAAAAUUUCAAACAGUACCUUCAGCAUCAUCGACUUCGAAUGAUGCACGUUCUGGAAAAUAUGCUCUUUCUAAAAGACAAGUCGGAGAAUUCACUUCUGUUGACAUAAAACCAAUUAGUGUAUUGCAUGAUACGGAAGAUGUUGAAACAAAUGCCAGUACGGUGCAAACAACAUCGGAUGCAAGAUUUGAAGAUCACAGUACUAUUAACACUGAAUCGGCAGAUGAUAUAUUAAUCACUGAUAUCAAUCAAUCUCAAUCAAAGACUUCCACAAUACUAUCCGACUUCCGAGUUUCCGAGGUUCCGGAAAUAACAAACAUUGAAUAUUCUAAAUCUAUUCCGAGCAAAUCCGAGCAUUCUACUGAAAAUAUUGCGCGUAUUACUGAUUCCAGUAUACUUACUUAUUCGAGAAAAUUAGAUUUUCUGCAGUUAAAUAAUAAAAAUUUAAGCGAAGAUAUAAGUUCUAUCGAAAAGGAUAUAAAAGCGCUUUCAGAAAUAAUGUCGCGUUUAAGUAACGAAUCGAAUGAGAAGUCCAAAACAAAUAACGACGAAAAGAAUACAUCGCAAGAUAUAUCAGAAAUAAUAUCUAAAUCAGUUUUUAGUGAAGCAAUUGAUACUGAAAAUGAGGAACAGCAAGCAGUGUCACCCGAUAAGAAAAUCGAUAUGGAAUCUAGGUCCAUAUCGUUAAAUAAUAGAAAAUCAAUAUCUUCCAAUGAUUUGAGCCAUGAUAAAUACAUAUCGGACAGAAUAAAUAAUGAGAUAUCGGCAAUGAUCCCGGAAAAAGCACCUACCAUUUCUAAUUCGCCUCAUGAAAUCGAUUACGAAGCCAAAAGCCGAGAGAUUAUGAAUGAAAUAGAGAAAUCUGUACUAUCACAACACAUUAAAAUUGCAAGUGGCGACAAUUCAAUAUUAGAAGAAAGCGGAAACGAAGAAUUGCUGAAUAAUUUGGCCUCCGAACUCGAUAUAAAAUCGAUUUCUGAAAUCCUUUCCAAAGUAUCAGAAAGUAGAAAAAGUCUUGAUUUUGUGAAGAAUACAGCAACUCAAAUUAUCGAUGAUUCAAAGAAAAAUAUACAUAAACAAAGUGAGUUGAAUGAAGUAAUAGUUGAAAAAGGCUUUGUAAAAUCUCAAGCGGAAGAAAUACAUUCUCUGAAACUUUCCGAACAGUUUAACACUGCAUCAGUGCAAUCUCCUAUUAUCGCUGGUCACCGUUCAAAGGAAAGUAUAUCGCAAGGUUCCUGGAGCGCACCCAGUUUAAUUUCAAGUCAGAGCUCGCACGUUCUUGCCGGUAAGGAUUUGAAAUCGUCAAGGAAUAUUCCCGAGACAGAAGUCAAAAUUGACUUCGUGGAUGAUGUGAGGAUAUUAGAGAACCUUGGUGAAAAUAUUCAAAUAGAAGUGCUCGACAGUAUCACAAAUUCAAUAGCACUUGCAUCUAACGUUGAUCAAAAUCGAUCGCGUACGGUCAGUGCGGAGAAUAUUUCUAAGGAUAAAAACGACUGGACGACGUCCGAUUCGUUCGAAGUGCCGCAAGAUGAUAUUAGCACUGGAGUACGUGAAGAAUUCGAGAAUUCAAAAUCAGGCUUGGACGAUACUUUGAAUAAUUUCUCGGAAAAGACUGUAUCACGUGUCGAUGAUAUAACAAAUCAAGAAGCAGAAAGCAUUUUAAUAAACGACAUGUCAGGUUUUCUUCCAAAGGGGGAAUCUACAAACGUCGCAGUACAGGACGUUACGUUUAACGACGCAUUAGCACAAUCUUAUGUUGCAAGAAGUAACGAUGAACUUGACGAUAUACUGGACAUAAUCGCUAGAGAAAAUGAUAAAGAAAAAAGCAUUCCUAAAGACGAAGAAUUUGAUAACGUAAUCUCUGAUUCCAUGGCUGAAUUAUUAGACAGAGUUAAGGAUAUUGUGGAAAAUGACAAGAAUGUGGAUAGUCGGUUUAAAGGAUUCUUAUAUGAUAUUGAUAUGAAUGUAAAUAAUCAAACUGAGGUAGUUUCAGAUAUUUCGUUGUGUAAUAAUAAAACGCAAAGAGAAACAAAUGUACGAGAUGUAAGCGAAAGUAAUGUAAUCUCAGAGAAUAUCUCUAAAAAUAACAAAGAUAAUAAUCGUGAGGAAAUAAUAGAUACUUCGUUACGGAAAAUCGACGAAAUUGACGAUAAAUCUGCCGUAAAUGUAAACUUAUGUGUGGAAAUCGAUAACGAAGAAAGUCUACGCGAAGCGGUAUCGGAAGUACAAGAAAUUAUAAUCACGGAGUUGGAUUCAAGUAGCGCCGAGGAUAACGCAUUAUCUGAACUUGAAAUUGAUGCCAAAGUCGAAUUGGCAGAAGAAGAGGAAUCCACCACGUACGAGGACAAUAAUGAACGUGCUGUGGAAGAAAACAAAGACAUGCCUGUAGAGAUAAAAGAAUGUUUAGAAUCAAUCUCGGAACAAGAUAGUUCGGAUGGCGAGCAGUUGGACAAUUUAGUGGAAGUUGUUGUGAGUGGAUUGGAUGUUGUGGAAAAAACUGUUACAUUACGCGAUUCUCCUAAGUCGGUAAUAGAUGAUGCAGCCCCUACAACUGGACAAACUAAAGAAGAGAUUAUGGAUGAUACAGUCGAGAAGAAUAACGAGGCCGUGAUAUCAGACGCACCAGUAAUUGGAAGUAUCAACAAAACAUUCGACAUAUUGAAAGAUCCAGAGUACGAAGACAUCUCCGAGGAGAGUCUCGAGGUAUCUGAAAUUCUAGAUAAAGAUGAUCUUUCAAAGGUAGGCAUCACAAAGAAGUCUGCUAAUUUGCCGGAGAGAUAUCAAACUAUCCAUAAAUCAGAGGACGUAUUGAGAAUACUAGACGAAAUCUCGCAGAAAUCAUCGUUCGAUUCUGUAAGCAAUUCGCAAAACAACGAGAAGAAUGCCCAGAGCGCGCCAAGUGCCACGGAAGAAAUUAGCGAGGUUCUGGGUGCAGAGAUUUCUGCGGAGGAUGAUAGUUCAUUUCCCGAGAUGAAUAAAACAACGGGGAAGCUCGAGGAAGAAUCUUCCAAGGUGGACGCAACGAAAGGUCGAUUCUUGGAAAGAGCAAAAUUGCAGGACGGGCAAUCGAUAGAAGCUAGUGACCAGGAUGACUUAUCUGAGAAGAGAAAAAUGAUUCCUUUGAAAUUGGAUGAGGACGACAAGUCUUCUCAGAUAAUAUACGAGCUACGCGAGAGAGUCUCGCAACUGCAGGAACAGAAUGGCUCGUCCGAAUCCAGCGAAGCCGGUGAUACUCCGAGGGGAGUAUCCGAGAUCGAGAUGGACUCGCCGAGAGAUUUCAAUGACUCGCGGUUAGAUAUUGAUAUUUUGGAUGAUGACCUACUAAGCGGCACUAAAGCGACGAAUCAGAACAUCGAUAUGGAGACUAAUUUCCAUUCUGCGUCCAUUGUCACUACGUCCGAGAAGGAUAUCGAAGCUAUGAUCUACGAAUUAAAAGCUUCAUUGGAACAACCUGGUCAGGAGCUCGCCGAAUUGGAAGCUAAGCUGCUUCGAAUCGAACAAUUGCAAAUCGAGUUGGAGAUCAAGAAAUUGGAAGCAGAGGAAGUGUCUUACUACGUUCGAGAGAUACCGAACAAGCCACCUCCUCCUUAUACUCCACCUGGUCGGUUAUCGGCUUCGCUCGGUUCGCCUUCGCUAAUCACUGCCGUAAUCCCAUCAAAUGUUGAAGAGCUAACAUCAUUCACUGAGAAAGCCACAGCUCUGAUAUACAACGCUAAACUGGCCGGUGAAGAUAUUGCGAGUUUGGAAGCACCUCCUGAAAUCUACGAGUUGACCGAAGACAAAAGUGAGAAAAGGGAUAGGCGGAUCUACAACACUUUCCUUUUCGAUCUCUGUAAAGAGACCAUUGUGGAAGUCUAUCGAGCGGAAUAUGAGAAGCCUGGUCCGAGUUGGACAAAACCGAACGUGAAAACGAAGCCUACGAUGAAGAUCCCAAAGAACGUCGAGGAACUCGUCGAGUACGUUAACAAGGAAGUCGCCACACUGUUCGGUUUCAAGACAAAAUUGCAGCGGGAAAACAUGGUGAUGCGAUGGAGUAGGAAACGCAGAGACAGGGUCGACGAGUUGCUGGCGAGAGAGGCUCAGGCUGAGGAGGACGAAUGGACAAAGUUUCAUCACGACGAGCUGGCAGUAAAGAACGGACUUACAGUAGCUAUACUGGAUACCCUCAUGAUAGAAACUGCAAACGUGAUGAAAAUAGCAUAUGGUAAAAAAAGGAGAAUGAUGGUAUAGCGAUUGUUAACCUUUAUAACUAAAUAGAGGCACUAUCUUGCAAUUCAUUGUUAAUUAAAACGAACAAAAGUGAAAAAUAUCCUCUCAGUCAAUGUUUUCUCAAGACUGCGUUUCGGAUAUCACGUUAUUUGCACUUUUGUCCAUUAGUACCUUAAGUGUAACAUAGGCUGGUUCCUAUUUAUUUGUUAACUAUGCAAUUUGUUACUCUUCUUUCUUUUAUAUUAAAUUAAUUAAGCGGAAGCGUGUGAAUGUUCAAAUAUAAGUAGACAAACCACAGUGAGGUGAAAUAUAUGAAUGACAGAAAGAAUGAGAGAGAGAGAGAGAGAGAGAGGGGAGGGGGGAUAUGUAAUUAAUACUAGCCAUUCACAAUUUGAUAAUCAAAUACCCUAGGUCAGUUUUAAAAUUUAUUUCUUGUUAAUGACGAGUUUAACGAGUUUCUAGCGUUUAACAAUAAUUAUACAUAUGUACGGGCUAUCAUAAAAGAGACAUGUGGUACUAUACGUUUUUACGAAAAUGACAAAUAUUAAUCAUCGAAUAUUACAAAGCGUUUUGUUCAAUUUAACUUGCACAUAAUUAUUAGAUUAAUAGCAGAAAUAUGAUCUCUUGUUAUACAAGUUUUAUAUUUUGCUUCGUCUA